AUGGCGGCGGCGAUGGGCGGGCGGCUGCGAGGGGCGACGGGCCCGCUGAGGCGCACCAUGGCGACCGGGGCCAGCGGGGCCCACGGGGAUGAUGGCUCAGCUCUCACUUGGAAGCUGCUGACCUAUUUAGUGGCCCUCCCCGGGGUGGGGGUCAGUAUGCUGAACGCCUACCUGAAGCAGCAGCACGGCGGUCACGAGAGGCCCGAGUUCAUCGCCUACCCCCAUCUCCGCAUCAGGUCCAAGCCCUUCCCGUGGGGAGAUGGCAACCAUACCCUCUUCCACAACCCUCACGUUAAUCCUCUCCCAACCGGCUACGAGGAGGAAUAAAAACUUCGCCCGGGGACCACAGUGGUGUUUCGGACCAA